AUGAUAUUUACAACGCUCCACCAGGAAUUACAUCUCAUUAUCGUUAACGUCGAAUCAUCAUGUCCAAACAAUAUCUUCUUUAAACUAAAUAACAAUUCAUCGUCAAUCAAUGAUAAUCUUUAUACAAAUGCAAAAACUAUCAAUCACAUCGACAUAGAUUUGUCUGCAGUUGUUUCCACAACGUUGGAUGUCGAAAACUCAAUUCCUUUGCCUUCGAUGGAUUCGUUGAAAACUAAUGAUCUUAUUCCAAUUUCUAUUCCUAAUCUUCAUCAUCACACUAAUCCUGUAUCAACAACUAUCGAAUUAACUUCCACAGCAGUUACAGAUACUUCAUCAGUACUAUCUGAUGCUAUGCGAGUACUUUACUCUCAUGUUGAUCAACCAAUAUUUCCCGAAUCGAUUUACUCAUCCGUAACAUCAUCUAAUGUUGGACUGUUGAAUGAAAAUCCAUCAGUUGCUGAUACUAAUCUGUUGAAUUGUCAAAGUGAUGAUCAAGGUCUUCAAAUAACAUCUACAGUUUCAUCAACUGUACCAUCACAUAUGAACUGCGUCGUUUCGAAUGAUGAAACACUCAGUGCUUUAACGAAAGCUAUUGAUAAGCAUAUGGCUCCUUCAAUCACUCCAACUAAUCAUAAAAAGAAACAAGUAGAACGUCCUUAUGGGGAAAGCAUCACGAGUGUUGAUGCUUAUGUGAAAAUUAAAAAAAGUGAAAAUGCUCGAAAACGAAAAAUAACUAAAGAGAAACCUACAAGUGCUAAAGCUGAUUCGAAACAGACUAAAAGUACCAGAAAAAAGAGAAAAACCAGUGAAUCAGAAAACGCAGAAAAAUCAUCAAACAACAACAUGAAUUUUAUCACGAAUAAUCGAACACCAUUUACUAAUACAUCGAAUUUCAAUCAAUCAUCAUAUGGAUUUUCUUUAUCUACCGCACAUGGUAGUAAUAUUCCUCUUUAUAAUUUUAAUAAUUAUUAUGAUCCACAGAUGAUUCAAAACUAUCAAAAUCCUUAUUUUAACAACCAUCAGUUUUGUUACAAAUGUAAUACUCCGAUGUAUUUCAAUGGUGAACUUAUUUUCAAAUGUUAUUCAUGUGGUCGAUUAUGCUGCAAUACCUGCAUACGAACUUCUUCUAUUUCAAUGCAUACUUCUAAUUAUCAAUGCGAAUACUGCUCACUUAAUACUGCUGUCAACAUAUGUUCUUAG